CAGAGCAGCAGACACAUUGUUGGAGGAAGGAGGUCACUCACCUGUUGUACCGCAGCGCUCCGUUCCAGUUCAUUUUUUAUUUCGCCUGGUUACUUGUGUGAGGUUGUCGGAGCGUUUGCCUUCAGGAUGACGGACGCUCUUUUACCAAACGGCAUCAAGGACGGCGGAGGAGACAGCACUUAUUUCAGGAAGGGCUGCAACCCGUUCGCACAGACUGGACGAAGCAAGCUGCAGAAUAAGCGAGCCAGUCUGAACCAGCAGAUCAUCAAGCAGAUGAGGAUGAGGGCUGGAGCUGAGAAUUUGCUGAAGGCUACAUCCAACAACAAGGUUAAAGAAAUGGUUCUUUUGGAGUUGAGCUAUGUUAACUCUAACCUGCAGCUACUCACGGGGCAGCUGGAAGGACUCAACAGCUCAGUGGAGGUCUACCAGAACACCCAGGAAACAGCCAACAUUCCACUCAUUGCUCUGGGUCUGAAGGAGACAAAAGAAGUAGACUUUUCUACUCCAUUCAAGGACUUUAUCUUGGAGCACUACAGUGAAGACAGGAACAGUUUUGAAGAUGAGAUUGCUGACCUGAUGGACCUGCGACAGGCAUGCAGAACGCCAAGUCGAAACGAGGUCGGGGUGGAGCUGCUUGCAAAAUACUACAGUCAUCUUCCUCUGAUCGAGAGCCGAUUCUUCUCCCCAAGCCGCCAGACUGGGAUCUUCUUCACUUGGUAUGACUCCUUCACUGGAGUGCCACUAUGUCAACAGAACCUCUCACUGGAGAAGGCCAGCAUACUUUUCAACAUGGCCGCCCUCUACUCUCAGAUCGGCACCCGAAGUGACAGACAGACAAUAUCAGGCCUGGAGGAGGCCAUCUCUUCCUUCCAGAAAGCAGCAGGUAUCCUGAACCACCUUAAGGAGACUUUCACCCACACUCCCAGCUAUGACAUGAGUCCAGCUAUGCUCAGUAUGCUGAUUCGAAUGAUGCUUGCUCAGGCUCAGGAGUGUCUGUUUGAGAAGACUGCUCUGCCCGGGAUCCGAAACCAGUUCUACUCCCUGAUGAAAAUGGCUCAAGAGGCUGCAAAGGUCUCAGAAAUCUACGACCAAGUCCAUCAGUCCAUGAUCCAGAUGCCAAUCAAAGACAAUGUCCCUUUGUUCUGGUCCACCAUGUCACAAGUCAAAGCCAACCACUAUCGCUCCAUGGCACACUAUUUUGUUGCCUCAGCACUGCUGGACCAUCAGUUGAGUCCCAGUGAUGAUGAGGACCAGCAGGAGAAGACCUUGUCACAGGUGUAUGAUCGGAUCCCUGAGGGACGCUCUCCUCUGGACAUCCUGAAGAAGAAAGAUGAACGUCAAUGCGUUGGUAAAGCUCACAUUCGUCGGGCCAUCCUGGGUCACGAGGAGGCUCUGAGGAUUUAUAGUUUGUGCCACAACCUGAACAAACUGGAGAUCCUGCAGGAUAUUUUAAAAGCCAGUCACCAGCGCUCGCUCAACAAGUUCAGUGAGCAUGAAGAUGAGGACGAGUUCACAGACUACACUGAGGCCCCAGACAUCAUCUCUAAAACAGAGCACAAAGCAGAGAUGGAAGUUCCUGCAACCACAAAGGUGAAAGUCAUCGACUUUUUCCAGAGGCUGGGCCCUCUGUCAGUGUUCUCAGCCAAGCAGCGGUGGACAGCCCCACGGACAAUACAACUUCAACCUCAAGACAGAGAUCUGGGUUUCACCCUGAAAGGAGAAUCACCAGUCCAGGUGGUUUCACUGGACCCCCUCUGUCCAGCUGCUGCUGAUGGGCUGAAAGAGGGUGACUACAUUGUUGCUGUGGGUGACACAGAAUGCAAAUGGAUGGGUGUGAGUGAGGUGAUGCGACUUCUUAAGGAUGUGGACGAGGAGGGAAUUGAGAUCCAGGUGGUCAGCAUGAUGGACACCAACCCUCCCAUGCCUACCAAGAGUGCUACCUUCUGCGGAAACUUGCCGAAGACCUACUCCAUGAUUUGUCUGGGCUAUGAUGACAAUGACAAGAAUCCCAAGUCCCACAAAGUUACCAAGAAGUCAUCCUUCCUCAGCUGGGGUCUGAAGAACAAGCUGAAGAGUGCCAGCACCCUCAGCCUCCCCACAGCAGACCACUCUGGCACACUCCCGUGGAACAAACCCUGUCCCACCUUCCCCAGCUCCAGCUCCUACAACAAUGACAGCUCCCUCUACUGAACACACUGCAGGCUUUUUACUGGGUCCAAAUAUUGUGCAGUACCCAUAUUGAGCCUAAAAUGGUUAUAUAUAGCACUGUGCUGUACCCAUACUGGUCCUGCUAUGGUACGGUGUCAGUGCCCUUUGGUGUUUCCACUGGAAUAUUGAGCAGUAGUGUAUGUAGCUUGUAUGGCACCAGUGUAUUGGUAACAUCACUACCAGCUAGUUUGGAAAGUCGCUGUGUGUAAAUACUGUUUAUGGGCGUUUAUGUUAGCACAUGGGCACUUUCCCAGAAUACUUCUGUAUCUGAAGGAAGCUGGACUGUACAUCAAACACAAUGGAAAAUUGUUCAGUACCAUGCUAGUAUGUGUACAGCACAGUACAGCUGCACUGUGGGAAAAAAUACCAGUUAUCAUUCCUCUCUCUCGCUCUCUCUCUCUCUCUCUCUCUCUCUCUCUCUCUCUCUCUCUCUCUAUAUAUAUAUAUAUAUAUAUAUAUAUAUAUAUAUAUAUAUAUAUGUAUAUAUAUAUACAUACACACACAUACACACACAUACACACACACAUACAUACACAUACACACACACACAUAUGCACACAGCACUGAGACAGGCUCCGAAGUUAAACUGUCAUCUCAGUAUUUUUUCUAGAAAAAUCACUCCACACCUAUUGAAGGAAGAAAACAAAGUUGUGCAAACACACCCAGCGCCAGCCUCUAUGUGACUGCAAAGCAGUGAUUUUAUUGUGGUUUAAGCAGUCCCUUCUUGGCACCAUCGUGUACUGAUGUAGCUCAGCACAGUGCUGUUAUCGUCUCUGUGCAUCCUCAGUACAUAUUGUCAUCCUAGAUAUGUGAAGGAUUCUGUUAUUGCCACAACAUUUGUUAGAAUCAGUGGACACUGAUCAGUUUUGGGGUAUUUAUGUAUUUCUAAACAGGCAUCUAGAGUUAAUACAUUUUGUUGCAGUAUGUUACAAAGUGAUUGAAAGAAAACUAAUUCAGCUGUGGAGCUGUUUUUUGUAUCUGGAAAGAGUUGACAAAUGCAAUGUUUUAUAAGCUGCUAAAAAUCUUAUAUAUACCUUGGUUAUGUUAUACUGUUAUUAUAUAUUUGUGAGGCAGCCUUUGAGUAUCAUUGUCUCUGAUGAGUGCCAUGUCCUGGACGCAGUGUAAAUGGAAAUAAUGGUGUCUUAGGUUUACUCAAUGUCCCAACUAUGCCACAAACCAAUAUGCCUCCAUGUCCCUGUAUCAUUGACCAUUCUGAUUUAUUUUUCCUGCUUCUGGCCCACCUGUCCAUGUGUAAGAGGAGCAUGAGCUGUGUGUCUCUGUUAAUGUGAAUCUUAAUGUAGAUAAAAGUUAUUUUGUCUCUAGAAGGGAAGAUUGUGGGCAGACUAAUGACAUUUCUACAUCGUACUUGGACAGCUGGUCACCAAAUAGUGACUUCGAUCAAAGCCCACUGUCAGGUUUCUACUUUUUGUCUCUACCUGUCUUAAUACUAGCCACAUCUUACAUUUUACUGACACUUUGCAGUGUUGGGCUAUCUCUUUAUCUACAAAGUAGAUUCUCAUACACAUUUGAUAAUCAAAUUAUUUAUGUAAUUAAAAAAAAAAACAAAAAUAUAUAUAUUUACCUGUAAGUUGUAGGUUUUAGAACUAGUUGGUCAAGUUGUGAGUUUUUGCACGCUGGAUUUCUUGGUUGGUUUCUUGAAGGAAUGUAUUUUACUAGCCUUGCUUAAUCUUUUUGGUGAACCUGUGUUCUGCUACAUUUUCUAUGUAAAGAUAUUUUUAAAUUGUAAAUGUUUUAAACAGCAACACUGAGAAGACUCUUUACUGUCUCUGUUUACCUAAUGUGGUGCCAUUUAUACUGUCAUGAAGGAAAAUGUCUCAUUAAGUGUAUAGUGAGAAUGUGCAGUGAUUGCUUCAUAUUGUGCUAACUAAAUGUACUAACAGAGGCAUAUAUACUUAAGCAGAGGAUAUUAACUGAAGCACCUCUUUGUGUGUAUGUGACAGUGCCUAGUGAUCCUAAAUGCCUUGUUGUAUAUGUAGAGGAUUAUGGUACUUGUUCUUCUAAAGCUUUCAGGCUGCCAUUGCUCCUUUUUGUGUAGUUUGUGCUGCAUAGCUGUUUUGUCGAUACGUCUUUGUGUCUUUUGUGUAAACUCAAAUAUCAAUAAAAGAGUAUAAAAACA